AUGGGUGAAACAGGUAAAAUAAAAACAGUGAUUGAACACAUCGUGCGUCAAUUAGGCCAUGAUAUCCCAACUACCGAGAGUACCUAUGUUGACCGUGCUGUAGCUACUGUGAAAAAUGUUGAUGAUGAAAAUCCAAUUGUUCGCGAAAAUGUACAUGAGCAUUUAAGUGACGUACAUGGAGCGUGGGAAGCAAUAUCCGAAAUGUGUGAUGGAAAAAUGAAUACUAAUCUGCUCGAUACCCUGGUGGCAGCGACUCGCAGUGAGAAUGCAUAUAUUCAACGCCGUGCGUGUCAAGCGCUUGCUAAAAUGGGUGAAAAGGCAGCUUCGAAGGACACUAUCGAAGCACUUAUCCAAAUCACUUUACUUGAAAAUCCUGAUAUCACAGAGAGCGCACGUGAAGCUCUUUUGGAAAUAAGCGGUGAAAAGAUGCUCAACAUCGUGAUUGACGCUCUGUUCCGCGUUUUAAAAAGUGACGGAGACCGUGCUUGGAAUAGCGUUCGAGCUACCCUCAACCUGCUGAGUGUAAGAAGCAUAGGAAACGGCACGUUGCGAGUUUUGCUACAAGCAAUUGUAGAUGACUCUCCAAAAACGAAGGAGUACGCUUGUCGAACUUUUUCAAUAUUGGGUACUACAGCGGCUACCGAUGAUGUAAUAAGAGCUAUUGUGAAGGCAACAAAAGAUGCGAAUCAGAGUGUGCAAAAACAGGCUUGCAAAGCUCUGUUCAAAAUAGGGGCAAAAGCGUCGACGCCAGAUGCGAUCAAAGCUCUCCCAGAAGCCACCAGAUAUGAUGAUGCAAAUGUGAGAAGUGCUGCAUACCGCGCUUUUCAAAUAUUGGAUAAGCAUCAAAUCGACGAUACAAUAACGAAAGCACUUCUUAAAGCGCUUCAUGAUACUGAUGACAAAGUAAUAUUAUCUGUCUGUGAAAGUGUCACAGCACUUGGUGCAAAGGUUCCAGCAACUCCGCUGUUCUCUGCAAUAGCGGACGCGAGCAUCUCUGGGAAACCAAAUAUUUCUAUAGCAAUAUGCAAAGCCCUGCGUUCAAUUGGUACCACCAAACAUUUUAGUCAUGUGAUCAAGGCGGUAAUACAUAUGACUGAAUCAGAUGAUGACUCUGUAGUAGCAACCGCGUGUGAGACUCUAGGCGAACUUUGCGAUCCAUUCUGCCGGACAUUAGCGAUUCGUAGCAUAAUAAAAGUAGCAGAGCACAGUUCUUCAAAUGUUUUGAAAUCCGCUGUCGAGACUCUCCUCAAUCUUAGCCCAUUGCACGCCGAUGAGCAGCUCGUUGGAACAAUUAUCAAAGGUCUUGAGAAAACCGAUCCGCACAUACAUUUUUGUCCGGCAAUUCUCAUACUUGAAAUGAAAAAAAUACCAGAGGAUGAAAACAUUUUUCAAAUGCUUUUAAGUCAAUCCACACAGCACACUGGUCUGAAAGCACAAACAGCACUCUACAUCCUCAUCAAUCUUUCACAAACUACCAGCUGUAAAGCACUCGGUACCGCCAUGGUUCGAGCUAUAACAAACAUCGAUGCUAAUGUGAGAACCAACGCAUGCGAAGUACUCGCAAACAUCGGAGAAAAGGCAGCAACCAAAGAAGUGAUCGAAGCACUGAUCAAAGCAAUAGGGGAUGAAAAUAAGGAUGUGAGAAUUAAAGCUUGGUCAGCACUAAAACGGUUCACUCAAAAGGUAGCAACCAAAGAAGUAAUCGAAGCACUUACCAAAGUCAUUCGGCAUGAGGUUCCAGAUGUUAGAAAGAAUGUUUGUAAAGCACUGGGUCAUAUGGGUGAGACAGCAGCAACUGAAGAAGUGAUCAGAGCACUCACCGAAACUAUUGGCGAUGAGGUUCCUGAUGUUAGGAAGAAUGUUUACAGAGCCCUUGGGAAGAUGAGUAAAAAGGCAGCGACCAAACAGAUGAUCGAAGCACUCACGAAAGGAAUCGGGGAUACCGAUCUCUCUGCGAGACACUACGCUCAGGAAGCACUCAUACAUAUUGGUCAGAAGGUAGCAACCGAAAAAGUGGUUGAAGCUCUCAUGAAAACGAUUGCGGAUGAGAAUGGCACUAUGAAAAGUAAUGCUUUGGUAAUACUCGGGCGGAUAGGUACGCAGGCAGCAACCGAAGAAGUGAUCGAAGUUCUUAUCAAAGCGAUUGGCGAUGAGACUUGCGAUGUGAGAAGCAAUGCUUGUACAUCGCUCGGACAGAUGGGUGAAAAGGCGGCAACAAACGAAGUGAUCGAAGCACUCAUCAACGCGAUAAGGGAUGAGAAGAUGGCCGUACAAUGGAGCGCUUCGAAAGCACUCGUACGGGUAGGUACGACGGCAGCAACCGAACAAGUAAUCGAAGUUCUCAUCAAAGCGAUUGGCGACGAGACUGCCGACGUGAGGUGCAAUGUUUGCAAAUUGCUCGGACAGAUCGGUGCGAAGGCGGCAACCAAUGAAGUGAUUCAAAAACUCACUAAAACGACUGGGGAUAAGGUUCCAAGCGUAAGAAGCAAUGCUUUGGAAGCACUUGGACGGAUAGGUGAGAAGGCAGCAAACAAAGGAGUCAUGGAAGCACUCACUAAAGCGACUGGGGAUGAGGUUCCGGGAGUGAGAAGCAAUGCUUUGGAAGCACUCGGGCGGAUGGGUGAGAAAGCGGCAAACAAAGAAGUUAUGAGAGCACUUGCAAAAGCGAUCGGUGAUAAGGACGUCCGUGUGAGGGCGAUGGCGUGUAAAUCACUGGGAUGCAUUGAUAUGAAGGCAGGGAACCAAGAAGUGAUCGAAACACUCACCAAAGCGAUUGCAGAUGCGAAUGACCAUGUCAGGAAGGAUGCUUUAGAAGCACUUGAACGGAUUGGUGAGAAGCAAAAAAGCAAAGUGAUUGAAGCGCUCACCAGAGCGACUGCGGAUGCGAGUGGCUAUCUGAGAAGUAAUGCUUGCAAAUCACUCGGGUGGAUUGGUGAGAAGGCAACAACCAAAGAAGUGAUCGAAGCACUCACUAAAGCGGUUGGGGAUGAGGUUCUUGAUGUGAGAAAGAAUGCUUGCAAAUCACUAGAGCAGAUGGGUGAGAGGGCAGCAACCAUAGAGGUGAUCGAAGCACUCGUGAAAGCGAUUGGGGAUGCGCAUGAUUAUGAAAGAACGAAUGCUUGGCAAGUACUCGGACGCAUGGAUGGGAAGGUGGCAGCGGGAAAAGCGGUCGAAACACUCACCAAAGCGAUUCGGGAUGAGAAUAAAUAUGCGAGAAGCAAUGCUUGGUUGUCACUCGGAUGGAUAGGUGAGAAGGCAGCAACCAAAGAAGUGAUCGAAACACUCACCAAAGCCAUCGGAGAUGAUGUUCUUCUUGUGAGAAGGAAUGCUUGGAUAGCACUCGGACUGAUGGGUGCUAAGGCAGCAACGAAAGAAUUGAUUGAAGCCCUCAGCAAAGCGAUUGUGGAUGAAGAUCAUGGUUUGAGGAGCAAUGCUUGGUUAGCACUGGAACGCGUUGGUGAGAAAGCUGCAACGAAGCAAAUGAUGGAAGCGCUCACGAAAAUAAUUGUGGGUGUAAAAGGUGAUGCAUUAGAGAAUACCCCCUUUGAUUCCAUCAGAGCAUUUUUGUUGGCCGGUGAUGAUGAAAAAAGUAAUGCUUGCAUAACACUUGGACGGAUGGGCGAGAAGGCAGCAACCAAGGAGGUAUUCGACGCACUGAUGAAUGCGAUUGGAGUUGAUGAUAAUUAUGUGAGAAUUAAUGCUUGCGAAGCACUCGGAUUGUUGCAUUACAAUGCAUCGGUUAUGGAGUGCCUGCUGAUGAGCAUUACCCUGGAUUCAGAGCGUUCCCAUAACUGUGGCAGUGCUUUCGAGUGGCUUCUUGUACAGCCUUCAUUCAGGAAAUUCCACGAAAGGGUGAUUCGUAAUGUUACAUUGAGGUUAAUGGGAGUGGAACGGCUGUCAUUGGGCAUGGUGCCAGUGAAAGAACUAUCCCUGUGUAUCGUGGAUCAGCCUGGCAAUGAUUGGUCGAAUCUUGUAACGUUUAUUUGCAUCAUUAAUUGCGUCGCGGUGACACAAAACGGUGAAGGUAUCGAGUUUGUCUCAGAAAAGGGACACGAGAAAGUUUCCUCGGCAGACGGAAGACUAUGCGUAAAAUUCGUGAAGGAAUUAGUCGAUUGGAAGAAGAAACAGGGAUUAUUGCAACAGGAGGAUUUUGCUGGUUCUAGUGUAUGUGUUUUACUCUAA